AUGAAAAUUUUAGAGGCACAAUCAGCGGUUCUAACCAAUUACGAGGUCUUCACUCACUUGAAUGCCAACGAAAAAAGGCAUCCAAGGUAUGGAAGAGAAGGUGGAAGGCCUCGCAACCUUGUGACAGUUACCAAAGAGUUGCUUGAAUAUUUUAGCGAUGCACCAUCACCACUUGCAUCAGAACCAUUUCCAUAUCAAGAGGAAACAAUCCGAAUCCUCCUUGAAAAGUUGCGAUGUUGGGACUUCACUAAAGCCGAGAUAAUCAUGAUCAUCAAUCUGCGGCCCACUAAACCAGAAAAUUUGAACACGGUCAUAGAGGAAAUGGAUUCCAGAUUUCCCGAAGAAGAUACGCAGGCGGAGAUUUGUGCAGCUAUCAUGGGGGUUCUCGGUCAACCAAAUGGGGAGGCGGAAAACGCAGCUAAGAGGGGUACUGUAUUGGAUAACCAAGCAGGAGAAGCAGGGACAAUGGCUGAUUAA